GCUAGGGAUUUGGCACUCCAAGCUUUGCAAAUCCAUCUCGAUGGCCUCAGCUAUGGUCCUGCUUCUGCUUCUGCAACUUUUCUCCUCCUUUUUCUUCUUUACAUCGCCUUCCAUGGCGGCGUUGGUGCAGCAGCAACCGCUGCGGCUCAAGUACCAUAACGGAGCUCUGCUCAACGGUACCGUCACCGUUAACCUCAUCUGGUACGGAAAGUUCACGCCUACGCAGAGAUCGAUCGUCGUCGAUUUUCUACAGUCUCUCAACUCUCCCAAAAUCGCUGCUCCAUCCGUCGCUUCGUGGUGGAAGACCACCGGAAAGUACCACGGCGGCGCCGGCGCGCCUACAGUCGUCGUCGGAAAGCAGUUCCUCGACGAGAACUACUCCCAUGGGAAGUCCCUGAAGAAUGCUAAUAUUAUAUACUUGGCCGCCAAGGGCGGCCACGCUAACGGAGCCGUUAACCUCGUGCUGACGGCGAAGGACGUCGCCGUCGACGGUUUCUGUAGGAGCCGCUGCGGCUCCCACGGCUCGACUCGGGGAGCGGCUCGGUUCGCUUACGCGUGGGUCGGGAACUCGGAGACUCAGUGCCCGGGCUACUGCGCCUGGCCCUUCCACCAGCCAGUCUACGGCCCUCAGACGCCGCCGCUCGUGGCGCCGAACGGCGACGUCGGCGUCGACGGGAUGGUUAUCAGCUUGGCCACGGUUCUGGCCGGGACGGUGACGAAUCCGUACAACAACGGAUAUUUCCAGGGUCCGGCGGCGGCGCCGCUGGAAGCCGUCACGGCUUGCCCGGGGGUUUUCGGCUCCGGCGCAUACCCGGGAUACGCCGGGAGCGUACUGACGGAUAAGAGCAGCGGCGGCAGCUAUAAUGCGCGCGCCGUUAAUGGCCGGAAGUACCUUCUUCCGGCGAUGUGGGACCCGCAGACGGCGCAGUGCUCUACGCUCGUCUGAAGGGAGGGGAUUCGGUGCGGUGAGGUGCACCGUACCUGAAUGCCUGGUUGUAUGUAUAUUUUCCUCUAUUGUAUAAAAGAAACGUUACAUAAAAAUAAUAAUGGUUUUUUUUUAGUUUUCAA